AUGACGGGGCUUGUGAUGGUGACUAAAGGAGUUGGUUGCGCCGGAAGAAAAGGAGGAGGGAGAGGAAAAUCAACGGUUGAGGAAGAAGAGGAAGAGCAGAACCAGCAGCAGCUGUCUCUUGUCGAGUUUCUACUAACUGCGCUGCGUAAAUCUGUGGUCUCUUGCCGUGUGGAUAACCGCCAAGACGACGUCGGAGUGGGAGGGAUCUCCUCAGCCGUUCAUCAGAUGGAGAUCGGAUGGCCAACAAACGUUCGUCACAUCACUCACGUGACAUUCGAUAGGUUCCAUGGCUUUCUCGGUCUCCCGCACGAGCUUCAGGUCGAGAUCCCGUGUCGUGUCCCCAGUGCUAGUGUGAGCGUGUUUGGUGUCUCUGCGGAAUCAAUGCAAUGUUCUUAUGAUGAGAAAGGAAACAGUGUCCCAACUAUUCUAUUACUAAUGCAGCAAAGACUAUACUCUCAACAAGGUCUCAAGGCUGAAGGGAUCUUUAGGAUAAACCCUGAGAACAGCCAAGAGGAACAUGUGAGAGACCAACUUAACAGAGGUAUUGUUCCUGAGAACAUUGAUGUGCAUUGCUUGGCUGGUCUUAUCAAAGCCUGGUUCAGAGAGUUGCCUUGUGGAGUGCUCGACGGUCUUUCUCCUGAAGAAGUUCUCAACUGCAACACCGAGGAAGACUCUGUUGAACUUAUAAAGCAGCUGAAGCCUACUGAGUCUGCUUUGCUCAGUUGGGCUGUUGAUCUUAUGGCUGAUGUUGUUGAGGAAGAAGAGUCUAACAAGAUGAAUGCGAGGAACAUAGCCAUGGUUUUUGCUCCUAAUAUGACUCAGAUGACAGAUCCACUAACGGCUCUUAUGCAUGCGGUUCAAGUGAUGAACCUGCUUAAGACACUCAUCACCAGAACACUAGCUGAACGUGAAGCAACCUCAAGCGGAUCAGAAGGGUAUUCACCAUCCCAUUCAUCAAAUUCCCAAACUGAUUCUGACUCUGACAAUGCACAAGACAUGGAAGUCAGCUGUGAAUCACAAGGAACAGAUUCUGAAUCAGGAGGAGAAGAAGAAGAAGGACAACAACAGCAACAACAAGACGAAGAACAUCUCAGCCGCCGGUCUACUCAAGAAGAUGAAAACGAUAUAGGAUCAUUAAGCUCGGUAGAGAAAUGUUUCUUGAGUCAGCUCAACACCAACGCUAGAGUUUCAAACGUCAGUAUCUCUCAAGACUGGAGCCCAAAAUGCUCUCCACCGGUAUCAUUCACAGACGAUAAAAAUGACACUUUAGGGUCAAGCACAAGCGACUAAGAUGAAGCCUUGACCAGUCUGCUUAAUGACACUUACAUCUGUUUGGAGCUUUUCUUAUUUCUGCUGCAGAGAACAAACAAGAAGGAGGAGAAGUGGUUGUGUUUGUAAAUCAAUACAGAGAUUAUUGUCCAAUUUGUUAGGGUCUUUAGGGAUUGUUGGGUGUUGAGUCUGAUUAGGGUUCAACAAGGGCUGAACCUGUCUGUUGACUGUUGUUGUAGUCCUUCUCCAUGUGUGUGUUUGUGUUGUGCUGUGCUGUUUGGUUUUGUUGUAGCAAAGAUAAUCUGAUCUCUCUCUUUUUUUGUGUUGUGCUGUGCUGUGCUGUUUGGUUUUUUUGUAGCAAAGAUAAUCUGAUCUCUCUUUU